GAGACAACAUGUGUGUGUAUGAUUUGGAAUUUGGAACAACACAACACACAACACAGGGAGAGUCAUUGGAUUCUCAUUUUUCACUUCUCCUUCAUCCUUCACUCUCAUCUUCUAGAUCCAUCAAAUCCAACACUCUCACCGUACUUCACAGCACACAUGUUCUGAGGUAGAUGGGUCUCGUUGCCAUUUGGCCUCGUGAAAGGGAGCUAGUUGGAGUCAUAAUGAAUGUCUGAUCUGUGUUCCGUCAUUGUCUUGUAUUAUUACUACCGAGACCUGAGCGAGUUAAAGUGGGAUUCUGAAAAGAAUUUUUUUAUCCAUGCUAUCAGAGAGCAUGCUUGGAAUCUGUAAUUCGGGUAAUGCCCCUGACGAGAUUUGCUGCCGAUGCAUUCAGUGUGGUGACAAUUUGUUUAGUAGCCAUAUUGCUUAUUCUGGGCUUGAUGUGCAUUGCAUACUCAUUUUACUUUCGGUCUCGUAUUAAUAAUCGGGGUUUUGUUCAGCUCAGUUAUUUUAGUGGUCCUUGGAUCAUCAGAAUAGCAUUUAUCUUGUUUGCAAUCUGGUGGGGUCUUGGUGAGAUUAUUCGGUUAAGUUUGUUAAGACGUGCCCUUCACUUAAAAUGGCAGGAAACGAUCUGCAAAUGCUACAUUGUAUCAAAUCUGGGGUUUGCAGAACCCUGUCUCUUCCUCACACUCGUGUUUCUCCUCCGUGCACCCUUGCAGACGUUGGAUACUGGAAUUAUGAACAGAAAAUGGAAUGGGAAAACAGCCGGCUAUAUUCUGCUCUACUGCUUCCCAGUUUUUGUUCUUCAACUUUUUGUCAUUUUGGUUGGACCUCACUUAAACAAGAAUAACAAUGGUUCUGGAGAAAAGUUGCCUCAUUAUUUUACAAGUACAGCUACUGCCUCUUCAAUUGCUAAGGAACAUGACAUCGCCCUCUGUACUUACCCUUUACUCAGUACUCUUCUCCUUGGCCUUUUCGCCAUUAUCCUCACCUCCUACCUUUUUUGGCUUGGAAACAGGAUUUUGAAAUUAGUUAUUAAUAAGGGUUUGCAGAAGAGGAUUUACACACUGAUACUCUCAGUUUCAGGUUUCCUUCCAUUAAGGGUUCUUUUCCUUGGUUUAUCUGUUUUAUCUGGACCUGAGCAUUUUAUGUUUGAAGCCUUUGCUUUCUUGGCUUUUCUUGCCCUUGUGUGUUGUGCUGGGGUGUGCAUGUGCAUGCUUGUGUAUCGUCCAGUUGCAGAUAGUUUGGCGCUGGGGAAUUUGCCAGAUUUAGAUGCUUGGAGACUGAAUGUUGAUUAUAAUGAUACCAUGUCUCUUAUUGCUAAUCAUGGUCACCAAGAAGAUAAUGAUGUUGAAGGGAACAGUCCAACUCCCCGUCCCGGUCAUGGCAGGUAUUCUGAUGCAUCAACUAAAGGUGGUUCAAUUUCAUUUCGGACAUUGGAAAGGGACAGGAAAUUUGUUGAACUAAGCCUCUUCUCUCCCACCCAAACAGAUUUCUUUGGCUGAUCAUUAUUUGUGGCAAAGGAAACUAAGUGCAUAUAGGCUUUUAGAGUCAACAAGUCUCUAAUUCUUGUUUUGUCUCCUAAUUACAACCGUAACGUAUUUGCUUUAGAAUUUGUAGUGAGUAAUUUUUUAUUUCUUUCCUGUACCAUCCAUCUCCACAAUUUUCUUAGUUUCUAUUCUAUCUGAAAGGAUUGAAUACAUGUGGCUUAAUUUUUACAUUUAGUUUUUUUUUUCUUU